CGGGGAAGCCCCGGCCAGGGCGGCCCAACGCCCCUUCCUGGGCGGGAACGGACCGAGCGCUCUUAGGAGGGCGGCGGCGGCGGCCGGGGCGCAGCGCCAUGAACCGGCUGGGGCUUUGGGGACUGCUCUGCGCGGCGAUGCUGGGCUGCUGGGAACCUGCUGAUGCCCUAACAUGCUUUGAUAAGCAGUAUGUCUACAAGGGCCGAUGCUGCAACCGGUGUCGGCCAGGGGAAAAGCUGGUCUCUGAGUGCAAUAAAACAGAAGACUCUGUCUGUGCCCCCUGUGAGAGCGGGCACUAUCAGCCAAGCUGGACCAAGGAGAAGCACUGUGCUCCUCAUGAUAUCUGUGAAGGCAAUGCUGGCCUCAUUGAGAAGGUGAAAGGAAAUGCAACACACAACACGGUGUGCCAGUGCCGGGCUGGCACGCACUGCUCUGACAUCAGCUGCCAGACUUGCGUGGAGAACCAGCCUUGCCAGCUUGGCUCUGGCUUUGUGGCAGCCAAGGCCGUGGACAGGAUGUCAUCCCCCUGUGAGCCCUGUGCAGAAGGCACCUUCUCCAACGUCUCGUCUAAAACCGAGCCGUGCCACCCCUGGACAAGCUGUGAGGAAAAGGGGCUGGUGGUGAAGGUGAAAGGGACGAACUCCUCGGAUGUGAUCUGUGAGUCCAGCAGGCGCUCCUCGCUGUCAGUGCUGAUCCCCAUCACAGCUGCAGUUGUCACAUGCCUCGUGGGUGUCUGCAUCUACUGCCUGGUGCACACAGAUUCCAGGCGACGAGUGCCAAAGGAGAUAGAGGCUGGGGAGCCCGGAGAGAACCCAGAUACCCAGCAGCCCACGGAGCAGGAUGAGAAUGUCUUGCCUGUGCAGGAGACCCUACUCAGGGGCCAGCCUGUGGCCCAGGAGGAUGGCAAGGAGAGCCGCAUCUCGGAGCAGGAGAUGCUGUGAAGGCGCAGGGCACUGCCCCCGACAGGAGCACAGACUGGACAGCACCAUCUCCUCUGUCCCCUCUCCAGCUGGGGAGGAAAUCUGGCAUCUGGCCUGACUGCAAAUGAUGUGAUGCUGCAAUGGACCAUGGCACGACCGCCCCACAGGAAUACCACUACAACUCCUGGUCUGGUCACCUGCACAGGGCUGCCCUGGUGGAGCAAGGCUUGGCCGCCCACGUGGGGACACGGAGCAGAGCCCCAUCCUGCUUCCUGCCCAGGUGAUGCAAUGACCUGGGUGGCUGCUGGCCUGCUGAGCCCUUGCAGAGCCCCUGGCCACAGCAGAGUGUCACUGCUGACAGGAAGACCCCAGCACAGAUCCCCGUCUCCCUGGGUGCUGGAGAAGCCAGGGCUUGGAAGGGGGGGCUGCUGGUGUGAGAUCCCCGCGGCAGAGCUCAGUCCCGUGUCUGGGGUGCUGUGGAAGCGCUGCCCGUGCUGGAGCAGGGCCUGCUGGCAUCCGGACAGGGAGGAAGGAAGGCAGGAGCGGCGGGCACACGGCUCUGCCCGGGCCGGAGCGCGGGCAGCGGCGUGCGGCGGCCGGGAGAUGGUGCUGCGGGACCGGCGCGGG